AUGUCUAUGAUAGGCUGGUUUCCUCUUAGCAGAUUAGGCCCGGGCACAGAGGCCACAUUUCAAACGCCGACUUCCAGCGUUUGGAAAAUCCUUGAGAAACUGUCCCAACACAACAGACAGCGGGGGGAGUUUGAUCCACAGGAUCCUGAAGAUUGCCCAUCGGCCGACGAGGCAACAUUCUACGUCCAGCAAUCCCAGCGCAAUGGCCCAGUGGCGUACAUGCGAGUGUACACGCAGGUGCCAGUUCCAAUGACCGAAUUCGAACCCCCUGAAGUUCGACGUCGCCAAGCAACUUGCUGCUCACACAACGAAGUGGCAGCCCUCAAUUAUUUCCACGAAGAAGGUACCACUAUGACACCUUCCCUGCUGACGGAUUCGCUCCCCCUGGAGGCCGCGCAGCAUCUGCGCGAAUUGGGGGUAGGUCAUGUCAUGGCGGGUCUUGGAGCGACCUCUGUACAGCGAGGCCCAUUCCGAGUUCCAGUCAAAGGGAAUGCUCUCGGCACUCUUGUUCAGGUGGUACAGGCCCUUGGCAUCAAGGGGGAAGUUUUCAAGACGACGAUGGCGUCGUGCCAGCCAUGUCUCGAGUUCCCCCUGCACACGUUCUUUCGCCGGUUCGAGCGUGCUCCGGGAGAUCCAGGCACCCCGGGCGCAGAAGGACCAGCAGGGAUCCCAGGUCGUAACGGAACAGAUGGAGUCAACGCCGUCGCCGGAACACCUGUGUGGAAAACAGAGGAAAUCGGGUACAUCGCUCCCGACCAAGCAGCCACGUCGCACGUACGCAAUGUACGCGGCUCGACGUAUUACCUGAAUGUCUACGUUUCCCUCAACCAAAUACGGAGCCAGAUUCCUUUGAAGACGGAAGCAGUUGUGAGAGUAAACAUUCAGGCGUGUCUGCGAGACACGGCGUUGGAAUGGUAUACGUCCGAACUGACCGAUGCCGAACGAGACAAGAUUCGCGAGGAAUUCGUCAAAAGUUACCCUCCACUGGAGAGACUGAACUGGAUGCCGUUCGAGCCCUUGGCCGGUCAUCUCAUCUGGGAUUCAGCCGCCGAGAAACUGCAGUUCAUCGACUUCAGAAUGGCGAUGGAAGCGGGCUGGCCGAAGCGUACUCCCCUGCCUCCCCACAAAAAGAAAGACCGAAUAGACUCAGACGGGGUACCUAUGUCUGAUAUCUGGCAGUUAUCGGGUCUUGCCAUUCCUCCCGAUAACCUAAAGCAUCUAGGCGAACUCUCAGCGUGGCAACUGUGA